UUUUUUUCGACAAUUGAGGAUUGAAAGUUGCGUUUGAUUUGUUUAAGUACUGGUCACUAACUUAGAGGGCACAUUGUACUAAGGCAUGACUCGCAAACGAAGGAAUCAUGGUAGGUCAAAGAAGGGCCGUGGUCACGUUGGCUUCAUACGCUGCACAAACUGUGGUCGAGCAUGUCCCAAAGAUAAAUCCGUGUGGAAACUAGUAACACGAAGUAUGGUAGAGGCCGCCGCCGUCAAAGAUCUGGAAGACGCAUCUGUGUAUGGCAAAAACUACGCCGUUCCAAAGUUGUACGUCAAACUGCAAUACUGUAUUAGCUGUGCAAUCCAUAGCAAAGUUCUUCGAAAUCGUAGUCGGGAAUCAAGGCGUCUCAGAAGGAUUAUAAUUAAACCACGAGUUAAGUUCACAAGACCUGUUGCCCCUAGGGCAUGAUCACAUAAAUAAACCUUGAUUCACAGGAUUUAACUUAUGAUUUUAACUUGAGUCGGAAUGACAUUCAGUUUUGUUUGCAAAGUCGUGUACUUAUGUGCUAAGGUUCAUCCUUUCUAAGUUUUAUAUAUUUGGUUUUCGAUUGAUUAUAAGGUGCCAACGAAUCGAAUAUGCUCUUAUCGACCUGUCUCUUUUUGCGCUUGUCAUCGUGCGAUUGUUCUGUUUUUGUAAGCAUUUUCCGUUUUGACAUGUGAAUAACAUUACCGUUGCUGAAUUCAAUGCCCUGGGCAUUCA